AUGCGUGUCUUGACAGCGACAAACACCAAGUUCGCCGUCCGCAGUGCAGGAAAUCUGGACAUUCCCGGUUGGAAUGCUGUCGGAAGCGAUGGCGUCAUCGUUGCACUUGAAAAGCUUGACAAGAAGGUUCUGAGCGCCGACAAGAAAUAUGCAACUAUCGGAACAGGCCAACAAUGGAGGUCUGUCUACAAAUGGAUUGAAGAUUUUGAUGUGCAGAUCAUUGGAAAUCGCGAGCCUCAAGUUGGAGUCGGUGGCUUCCUUCUUGGCGGUAUCAUCACGGAGUUCGAAGUCAUGACCUCGAACAUCGUAGACAUAAACUACGAAGUCAGCCUAUAUGCCCCGAACUCGACGAGAGCUAUCUUGAAAGCAUAUGUCGACUUUCUUCACGAGGUCGAAGGUGGCACCGGUGAUGCCAGCAUACAGCUUGAGAUGACGCCGGACCACACCCUGGUCUUCUAUGGUCACGUCGGCCAUGUCAGUUCCGCCCCGGAAUUCGCACCCUUCCGCUCGAUCCCUGUCAUGACGCCUUUCAUCCCCCCAACGAAUGGCACGGUGGCCCAAUUGCUGUUCGCUGCCGAAGGCUCGUCUGGACAAGGGCCAAACGGUGCAAGCCCUGGCUCAUACUACGGCACCUCUGUUGCACAAAAGGUACCAGAUGCGAACCUAACGCUUGAGGCAUACAACGAAUACCUCGCCGCUGCAAGCAUCCUGGAACCUGGCAUGAGGUUAGUGUUUUCGCCCCAGGGCUUCACAUCCGGCCUAGUCAGAUCAGGUCGAGCGCGCAAUGGCGGUAACGUAAUGGGACUAUUCGAAGGUCCUCAAUUCUGGCACGACGUAUACGUCACAUUCCCCGAUGUGAACCAGUACGCACUCGCACAAAAGGCAGUUGACCAAUGGACUACUGCUGUCACAAAGAAAGCCAAGAACGAGGGCGUCCUCUUACCUUACAUCUAUGCCAACAAUGCCAACGCUCAUUCAAAGGUCCUGAGCAGUUACGGCAAGAAGAACUUCGACUUCAUCAAGAAGACCGCUAAAAAGUACGACCCAAAUGGUAUCAUGCAGACGCUUCAGAACGACGGUUUCUUGAUCAGGAAAGAAGCGUAG